GCGUGGGUGGGGAGGAAGGGGGCGUCGCAUUCCCCCAAGCCCUGGAGCAUCUUUCGCCAGCGUGCCCCUGUUCCCAAGAGGCUCUCAACCCCGCGCGGGCUUCUCCCUCCAGGAUGCGGAGGCCCGUGCAUCCCGGCGCCCGCCCUCGCGCCCCGCCCCGCCCCGCCGCAGAUAUAAGGCAAGGGUGCUGCCGUUCCGCACCCCGCCGCCCGCUGCCACCGAGUCCCCCAUGGCCAGGCCCACGAUGCUGGUGGCCGCCGCUCUGGCGCUGUGCUUACUGCUGGCGUCCCCUGGCCUCGCGUGGUACAAGCCGACGGCGGGGCUGGGGUACUACUCCGUGGGCCGCGCCGCGGGGCUGCUGUCCGGCUUCCACAGGUCGCCGUACGCACGGCGCUCCGAGCCCCGCGGGGGCACGCGAUCCCUGGGAGGGGUCGGCACCUUCCGGGAGAUGCGCCCCAACCUGCGGAGUCUCGCCGUGUGCGUCGAGGAGAUCAUUCCCAACCUGCAGAGCUGCGAGCCGCUCCCCGACGGCCGCGCCACUUUCCAGUGCAAGGCCGACGUCUUCCUGUCGCUCAGCGCCUCGGACUGUCGCAGCAAGUGAGCCCCGACCCCGGCACCUGGACCGGACCUGAAUGCCCCGGGUACCCGUGGGCCCGCCCCUGCCCUGAAGCUAGAUGGCACCCAGCACCGCCCAUCCAUCCCCAUAGUAAAUGGCUUAAUGAAUAAA